UUCCUUCAGUUCCUCUUUGAUGUAUACGUUACCUAUGUGAUAUAUCCCUGCGAGUAUCUUUCCUAUUCUUUUGGUAUGUUAAUGCUGCCUGCCUGGAUGUUGAAUUGCUUGGGAACGACGACUGCACAGAUUUGGUCCAUUUUAUGAUCUUAUAUAUCGCGGCAAUAGGUAGGGCAAGUUCUCGUGUUUGAUGUUUGAUUGAGAGCCCACUGCGUUGUUCUGUUGGUUACUGCAGAACUGAGCUCUAUUGUAAGUUUAGGGAGCUUCGUGAUGGAGGAGCAGGGCAUGAGCAGCAAGAGACGCUGGGUGGCCAAGAAGUGCCCCCUCAGGCAUAUCCCUCCCUUCAAUUUCUUGCCCUUUCUUUCUUUUAGUUCUUUGAUGUACAACUUACCUCUGUAAUAUAUUUCCUGCGAUUAUCUUUCCUGUUCUUCUGGUAUGUUCGAUGUUGCCUGGAUAUUGAAUUGCUUGGAAACGAUGCUUGCGCAGAUUUUGUCAAUCAUGGAAUAGGCAGGACAAAAAAUCUCAUGUUUGAUGUUUUGUUGCCCCGCGUUGUUCUCUUGGUUACUGCAGAAUUGAGCUUUCUUGCAAGGUUGAAUUAAGCUUGCUUUGUACCUUAUUAGCCUUAUGUGUGGACUGUUGAGUGUUGUCGUCAUGCAGUUUAGGGAGAUAACUGAUUAUCAGCUUGAGAAUGACUUCAUGUUAAUGGCAAGUGCUGGAGAAGUCAGCAUAAGGGAGGAAACAUUUCAGCAUAUCACAUCAUUGAAGGAUGGCUACUUAUCAAAGUUGAUGGAACUUGAUCGAAUGUAUGUUGUUCCAAAUUUAACCAAGGAACAUGUCCAGUCAUUACCUAGUGAUGAAACUGAGGAAUUCAACAGUAGAGUAAGAAUCAAGAAAUUGAUCAGUGAAAUGCUGGAAUUCUUACAGAUGCAGAAAAGUCAUGUGUAUGACAGUCUGGCGGAGAAGCUCCCCAAGUACAAAGAGCACAUACAGUUUUUAUUGUCUGUCGGCAAGGAAAUUAAAGCUGAGGAUGCAAAGAUGAAUACAGGAUAUGGGUUGCAGAAUUGUUGUGAGCAGCCUCAAAUGGUCAAUCUUACUGGCUCUGCAGUCCGAUCCCCUGGCAGCAAACGGUGCAAGCACAAUCUGCAGGUGGGAUCUUCAUCCCCAGCAGCACCAUGGAGCUCACUUCAUUCAAUGUGGCGGACUCUCAGGAGCGAGAGUGUACCUCCUUUUCCAGAUUGGACAUUCUUACAGCAGCAGGGCGGAUCUAGCUCUCCGAACAAAUUGAAGCGUGUUUUUGAGCAUACAACUUCACCUCCUGAAUCACCACCGUUUGAAAACAUUGAGAGGCAGAAAAUACGGAAUGAGAUAAAAACUAUCAACAGCAGACUGAUCGAUACAGAGAUCAGCAUCACUGAUGACAGCGGAACAUAUGGAAUCCCCACCUCUUGCGACGCUGGUACAACGAUCAAGAUCUCGUACACCGCCGUGGCGUUUUCACCGGACCUGAAACCACCACUUGCAGAAUUUGGAAAGUCUAUUGUCAUGCCCGUGAAGCUAUUUGUCCCUCCAGAUUACCCAAGAAGUUCCCCGAUGCUCAUCUUUGACAAAGUAGAUGACCAGCUUAGGAAAAAGAUGAGUGCCAUCUCCGACUUGGUGGACGUGGCCUUCCUGCUCACCCUCGACAAUCUCCCAGAGCCCUGGUCGAUCCAGGAGAUUGCAACCGCGUGGGACACCUGUGUGCGGAAAGCCAUGAUUGAGUUUGCGCACCGGCAUGGCGGAGGGACGUUCAGCUCAAGGUUUGGUGGGUGGAAGAGGUCUGACGGCUCAUAAGAGAUGUGAUAACAUUGUGUGUAGCUUGUUUGGUGUAGCAGGAACAAACGAGGGAUAAUCAUAAUCAUCUACGAUUCUUUGUAUAUCUGCAUUGUAACUGUACAAACUUUACUUUCAAUAUGAACACGGGCUCUCUCUGGGUCUGUAUGGAUAUUGUUCUGCCAUAGAGUUUUUGAAACAUGUAAUGUGGUUAAAUGUACAAUUGUGAUGGAUUCCUAGGA